GAACAAUCCAUUUCUCUUCCAAUUUAUUCAAGCGGAUCCGACCCCAUUCACCCCUCACAUGGCCGUAGUUCGUGAUCGCCGACACCUUAAUCUCCGUCUUCCCUUACCGGAACCCUCUGAACGACGUCCUCGUUUUCCCUUACCUCUCCCUCCUUCUUCCGUAUCCACCGUCAACUCUACCGCCAACACCACCACCACUACUACUACUACCACCACCGCUUCUACUACUACUAUCUCCAUAUCGGAACUUGAAAAGCUUAAGGUUCUCGGUCAUGGAAACGGUGGAACUGUGUAUGAAGUCCGUCACAAGCGGACCUCCGUGAUCUACGCUCUUAAAGUUGUUCACGGUGAUAGUGACCCAGAGAUUCGUCGUCAGAUCCUCCGGGAAAUCUCAAUCCUUCGUCGGACGGAUUCUCCUUACGUUAUCAAGUGUCACGGAGUUAUUGAUAUGACGGGAGGGGAUAUCGGUAUUCUCAUGGAGUAUAUGAACGCCGGUACAUUAGAAAAUCUUCUUAAAUCACAAUCAACUUUCUCCGAACUCUGUUUAGCGAAAAUCGCUAAGCAAGUGCUCGGUGGAUUAGACUAUUUGCAUAGUCACAAAAUCAUUCACAGAGAUCUGAAACCUUCGAACCUUUUGGUGAAUCGUGAGAUGGAAGUGAAAAUCGCUGAUUUCGGAGUGAGCAAAAUCAUGGGAAGGACUCUGGAUCCUUGCAAUUCAUACGUCGGGACUUGUGCAUAUAUGAGCCCAGAAAGGUUUGAUCCAGAUACUUAUGGAGGUAACUACAACGGUUACGCAGCUGAUAUUUGGAGCUUAGGUCUCACUUUAAUGGAACUGUACAUGGGCCACUUUCCGUUCUUACCGCCGGGACAGCGACCGGAUUGGGCUACACUUAUGUGCGCGAUAUGCUUCGGUGAACCACCAAGUUUGCCGGAAAAUACGUCGGAAAAAUUCAAUGAUUUCAUGAAGUGUUGCUUACAGAAAGAGUCCAGUAAGAGAUGGAGCGCUCAUCAACUUUUGCAACAUCCCUUUAUACAGAGUAUCGAUUUGAAAUCCACCUAAAAAGGGAAAAAGCAAGCUAAAAACUGGGAAAUGGAAUCCGAGUUGUUGUAAAUAGAACGGGAUUCUUUUUUUUUUCUUUUCUUUUUUUGGGUUCACUUUUUUGUAUAUUCUUCCACUCUGAAUCUGAGAUCAAAAUCAGAAUAAUUCUCUGUACUGGAAAAAAUGCUCCAUUUCCACAGCUAAAAUCAUCUGUGGAAUUUUGGGACCUUAUGAAAUCAAAUUUUCUCCAGUAA